AUGGAGGGAGUAAUACUGUCGAUUUUCGGUGUUAUUGUCACCUUGUCAGGAGUACUAUGUGAAGAGAUUGGUGAUAUUAAUGGUAUUGUAGCAGCGUCUGUUGUAGGAUUCUUUUUGUUAUGUAUUGUCAUAGCUAUGAUAGUAGUUGGUAUAUUCUGGGAUAAAUGGUUUUCAAAAUAUCAAAGAUGGCGUGGAAAGAUAAAGGUGCCACGUCACAUCAUCGAGCAGAGGAAAAAACGAAAACAGGCGGAGAAAACUCUUUCAGAAAAAUCUUUAGUUGCUAAUGGUCACGGUAGAAUGCCUACAGCAGAACCAGAUUCAAAAUCGUGGGUAGAAGGAUGGGUAUAUAAUGGUCGGGAUAGGAACAGUGGAAGAGAAUAUGAAGAAAAGGUAAACACCAUAAAUCUAGAACCGGAAGAGGAAUACCGUAUCGAGGCUGAAAUAGUUGAUAACGAGGCUCUAGACUUGGGUCCAUACAGAAAACAGCCUGAUAUGCCUAAUACACUGGUAACGAGUGUGUCAGACCAGCGGUCGGAGCCAACCCUUCAGUCGCAGCAACCCUACCAAUCGGAGCAGCCCCAGGAAACCGAGCAACCUCUAUAUUCUGUUGUUGACCGAGCUAGCAAAAAAUCAAACGCUAAUGGCGCCGCUCGACAUACGUACGAGGAAACCGAAACGUCAUUUUCAGCUUUGACGUCAGACCCUGAUGUUGUGAUAAUGUAA